UAUGGGCGCUUUAUCGACGUCAUCUUCAGGCGACAACUGAGUCCUGCUUCGCGCCAAGUAACUGCGCGUUUUCCUCUCUCUGACAACAAACCUGAAACAUUGUGGGGAGACGUGUUCACAAUGGACAUUCGGAGAUUCUUUGCGCCAUCAGCACAGAAAGCGACUCCUAAUGGAAACGCGAGCACGAAGAGGAAUCCUCUUUCUUCAGAGGAAGAUUCGAAAAAGAAAGAGACCAAGAUUAAAAAACAAGAAACAGACGUGAAACGUAUGCAUGACAAAAAACGGAAAAAACAUGCAGUCAUAGAAUCAGACUCUGACUCAGAGGAUCGAGACAGGAAAUCCAAGAAAUCGCCUAAGAAGAAGGAGAAGAUCAGCAAUGCUGCACAGUCUCUCAAGAAAGAGCCUGUUCACUACGUCUUGGAAACGGACUCAGACAGUGACAACUUUGAGUCCUUGAAGAAAAAGUCCUCCAUAAGCAAGCAAAAUGGCACCUCCCAAAAGAGCAGGUCAAGUCCAGGUCUGAAAGAUGCUGCAGAGUCUUCAAUCAAGUCGUCCUCUGUUCACUCGAAAAAUGGAGCUAAAUGUCCCACCACGCCAGUCACACCAAAGACUGCACCACCCCCUCAGGCCAAACAAACCCCCACCUCUGCGUUGGACUACUUCGGCAACGAAAGGAUCCAGCGCUCGGGCAAGAAGCUGGUCGCCAGCACUAAACGGAAGACCCCAAUCCAGGAUACAGAUGAUCUGAGCGAUGAGCAAAUAGCUCGACAGCUGCAAAUGGUUGAGGAUGAUGAGCUGGAGAAGCAGAUUCAUGAUGAUGAAGACUUUGCCAGAACACUUGCCAUGCUGGAUGCAGAGCCACAGGCAAAGAAGGUUCGUAAAAGCUCGGACGAAAAAAAUGUGGAGGCAUUCCACAGAAAGAGUAAUUCACUCAGCCCUUCAAAGUACAACAGAGAGGACAGCAUGUCAGAGGACAUGAUCGGCCCUUCACCCAAGAAAAACCCUGCUCUACUCAAACCCAGUUCCAAACUAGGGAUGUUGAAGAAAAGAGACGAGGAAAAAGAUAACGCGACAAAGAGCAAAGCACAGACAAAAAUGAAAAUCUCUCCCAAAAAGGGGCCAUUUACCCUGUCAGGGAGUGAAAAGGUGCAGGCACCCAAAAGAGGCCCCGUACUUGAAACUUCUCCCACUGAACCAGCGAGCACCGGACCUGACGAGGCAGAGAAGAAGAAACUCCACACUUCCGCUUACAGGAAUUACCUGAACAGAGAUGGACCAAGAGCACUGGGCUCCAGAGAAAUCCCCACGGGUGCAGAUAACUGUUUGGAGGGUUGCGUGUUUGUAUUGACGGGCGUUCUGGAGUCAAUGGAAAGAGAUGAGACCAAAUCCCUCAUCGAGCGCUACGGCGGAAAAGUGACGGGCAACAUCAGCAAGAAGACCACCUACCUGGUGCAGGGUCGGGACGGCGGCGUCUCCAAGCUCGAGAAGGCGGAGAGUUUUGGGACCAAAAUCCUUAAUGAGGAUGACCUGUUUGAGCUAAUUAGGACCAAACCAGGGAAGAAGUCUAAGUAUGAGAUUGCUGCAGAGGCCGAGAGCAAAGCUUCAAAGAUCAGGACUCCUCCGGGCUCGGCCCCAAAGACCAGUACUCCACCGGGCUCGGCCCCAAAGACCAGGACUCCACCGGGCUCGGCCCCAAAGACCACUCCUAAAGCUUUAAAGAUCUCUCCCUCCAAAGGCAACUCCAAGUCCCCUCACUCUCCGAGUCCCUCAAAGACCGCGCAGACAACCGGCCGCAGUGCCAAAACCAUGGAUGGCGGAACCCCGCCCGGAAGAGGCUCGGCUCAAACUGCUCGCAGGGAAUUGGGACUUUCUUCUCAGAACUCUUCAGCCUCAAAAUUUAAAUCAGUAACUGAGGACGGUGCCACUCUGCUGUGGGUGGACAAAUACCGCCCGUGUUCUCUGAAGGCUGUGAUAGGCCAGCAGGGGGAACAGAGCUGCGCCAACAAACUUCUCCGCUGGCUGCAAAACUGGUACACGCACCAUAGCAGCGCUGCCUCCAAACCACCAGUUGCCAGAUUUGGAAAGUUUGCUGCAGGAAAUGAUGACGGAUCAGGUUACAAAGCUGCUCUGCUCUCCGGACCGCCGGGUGUGGGGAAGACCACUACAGCGGCCCUGGUCUGCGAGGAGUUGGGCUUCAGCUAUGUGGAAAUGAAUGCAAGUUGCACACGCAGCAAAAACAACCUGAAGGACGUGGUCGCAGAGUCCCUCAACAACACCAGCAUCGAAAGCUUUUAUAAAGGCACGUCCCGCAAAGUCAGCACCAAACACGUCUUGAUCAUGGAUGAGGUUGAUGGCAUGGCGGGCAAUGAGGAUCGGGGCGGUAUGCAGGAAUUGAUCAGCCUCAUCAAAAAUUCCAAGAUUCCCAUCAUCUGCAUGUGCAACGAUCGGAACCAUCAGAAGAUCAGAUCACUGGCCAAUUACUGCUUUGAUUUGCGCUUCCAGAGGCCGCGAAUGGAGCAGAUCAAGGGUGCUAUGAUGUCCAUCGCUUUCAAGGAAGGAAUCAAGAUCCCGCCUCCGGCACUUAAUGAAGUUAUCUUGGCGUCCAAUCAAGACAUCAGACAGGUGAUCCAUAACCUCAGCAUGUGGUCAGCUAAAGACAAGGUGAUGACCUACGACCAGUGCAAGUCUGACGCCGCCAGCGCCCGCAAGGACCUGAAGAUGGGGCCCUUUGACGUCUGCCGAAAGGUGUUUGUGGCUGGCGAGGAGACGGCCCACAUGAGUCUCAUUGACAAGUCGGAUCUCUUCUUCCACGACUACUCGCUAGCACCCCUCUUUGUCCAGGAGAAUUAUCUACACGUGCGGCCUGCCGCUGCUGGGGGCAAUGCAAAGUCUCACCUUGUGCUGCUCAGCAAGACGGCUGACUCCAUCAGUGAUGGAGACCUGGUGGACCGACGAAUCCGCUCUGGGCAGAACUGGUCUCUGCUACCCACGCAGGCUAUCUAUGCCAGUGUAAUCCCAGGGGAGCUCAUGAGAGGUUACAUGAGUCAUUUCCCGUCUUUCCCAAGCUGGCUUGGGAAAAACUCAUCGGCAGGCAAACAUUCCCGCAUCGUCCAGGAGCUGGCCUCGCACAUGGCUUUGAAAACGAUGAGCAGCAGACAAGCGGUGAACCUGGACUACCUCUACUUCCUGCGGCAGGCCCUACUCAGCCCACUCCAGAAGCUGGCAGCGGAGGGCGCCAGUGAGGCUGUGCGGCUACUGGACGAUUACCAGCUCAUCAGGGAGGACAUGGACAACAUGAUGGAGAUCGGUUCGUGGGGCGGACAACCUGACCCCUACUCCAAACUGGACUCAAAGGUGAAGGCGGCAUUCACGAGGACGUACAACAAGGAGGUCCAUCUGACACCGUACUCCCUGCAAGCCAUCAAGAAGGGGCGGCGCGGAGGCCCCGAAGAGUCUGAACUGGAAGUGCAGGACACCGAGAAGGACAUUUCAGUGUCUGAGGAUGAAGGCGAGAGCCUCAGUGUGGAUGCCAUGAUCAAACAGAAGAAGACCAAAGCCGUCACCAAGGAGUCUAAGAAGGAAAAGGCUCAGGAUUCUGGGAAGGGGAAGGGAAAGGGAAAGGCCAAGGCUAAAAAGUGACCAAAAACAAAGCAGUAUGAAGCUGCCUCCUGACCAUGACCACUUCCUGCCCUUUUUCCAUUUUUAAAAGGCAUGAUUGUUUCAAUUCACCUCAUCAUGUCUCUUGAGUGUGGAGGGUGAUAGGGUGGUGGGGGUUCCCCAAAUCAUGCAACUGCUUCUUAAGAGUAUAACAAUGCUGCAGUCAUGCUUUUGGCUGCUCGCUUCACCCUGAUCUUUUUCUUGUAAAUUGACUUUUUGUAAAAUAGCCAGAUAUGACUCUUGUGUUUUUUUGUUCUUGAAAAUCUGUAUUUUCAGAUCCAAAUACACUGAAUGAUUAUGUUGCGAACAAUGUUGUUGUAUCCACUUCAAAUUCAAGGCGGGGCAAAAAAAAAAGUCUCUUUCCAACAGGAAUGAAGUUGCCCACAAGCUGUUCAGCUCAUUAUCAUUAGCAAUCAUUCACACAUAUGGGUUUGAGAUUUUCACAGUAUGUGGUAUCGCAGAUUUUGAGCCUCGCUGGCCAGUUUUUCAGUUAUGUCCUCAUUACACAUUGCAGAUGCAUAAUUUGUGACCUGAGGUCACUCGCCCAAAUCUCAAAGAUGUUUAAGCUUUUACAGCCAUAAAUCACUCAAAGGGUUCACUCACCGCUUGGCUGCUGUUUGCCGAGUCAGCCAUUGCUCUUGUUGCCCACAGUUAAUCAUGACACUCCAUCUUCACUUCAGGCUGACAGCAGUCCACAAUGUUAAUGCAAAAAAAAGUCCAGUGCACCCAUGGAUGCUGCCAACCACCUCUUAAGAACAUCAUCACGUUUUGCUUGGCUGUGUUUUAUGGCUACAUGUUUCUGACAAAUGUAACCCGCCUGGAUCGUAAACAUGAUGGAGGCUAUUGCUGUGUGUCGAGGUAUUUUACAGGGGCAGACCAAAAGUGCCAUCCUCUUAACUUUUAUUGUAUAAAAGCCAUCAGAGCAUGAGAAAGGUAUACAUGCACAUAUAUCAUUGAUCAUGUCAAAUAUGAGGUGCCUUAUAUGGUAUAAAAUUACCGGUAAGCAAAAAAAAAAAAAGGACAUAGCCAUCGUAGGUUGUCACACCUGUCAUGGUACAAAAAUAAGCACAGACUAUUGUGCAAUAAUGAACCUUUAUGUACAUAUUUAACAUAUGUCAUGUGCUCAAAAGCUUAUUUUUACUCGAGUCACCAUUUGAUGAAGUUGCAAUAAUUCAAAGAAACGUAAUUCAAGAAAAUUGUAAUUUAGUAAAAAAAAAAAAAAGAUAUGAGGGGAAAAUUCUAUUUUCUGUAGACAUUUCUGGUGUGUUUAUGUAUAAUUUGAUCGUAUUACAGUACAGUUGGAUUUUCAGUGUGGUCAUUGUUUGCUACUAUCUAUUCACAUUGCCAGUGUCCUCUAAAAAAUUGAAUAUGAAAGCGAUUUAUUUCAAGAAUACUAUUCAAAAAGUGAAACUUGUGUAAUGUAAAUAUUCAGCCCACACAGGCUGAUACAUUUCAAGCGUUGAUGAAACUAACUUCUUUACAAUAUUCAAAUGUUUUGGCGAGCACCUGUACAUUCGUUCUAUUUGGUACCAAACCGAACCUUCCAACGUUACGUCUAUUUGGAAACCGGGGUCGAUUUUUGGUAAUGGGGGAAUGAGAGCAAUGCUUGCUUCACAGUACAGACAGCUGAAUUUUGCAUGUUCCACUGAAAAGAAGUAACUGAGGCUGUGCUGCAUGAGAAAAGUUACAGAUUAUUAGAGUGCAUCCUUCCCCAAAUUUAGACUUAUUAGCUAAUCACUUAAAAUCCUGUAUGCUAUUGUAUUAUUGAUCACUGAUAUUUUGGCAAAACUGUUUUGAUCCAUGUUUAAUAGAAUUAAAAAAAAAUCAGAUUUUGAUUGCUUCAUUUGUCACAAGUGUUAUGGUAAGACAUGAUGCAUUUUAAUACUUUCGGCUCACAAUUCCAAAAUGCGCAUUGAUAUGAAACAGUUAAUCUUGACAAUUAAUUUUUCAAUCACCAUACAGAAACUUUUGUCUUUCAGAAGUGAGCUGAUACAAUGCGGAAGAAAGACAGCAGCAGAGGGAGGAGUUGUUUUAGUGUAUGUCGGUCAUUGGGAGAGGUAAGCUCUUUGCCAAUGAACACAUUAAAAACAAAUCAAGAGUGUAACUUUCUGAACAGUCCUUCACCUUUCCAUCAGCAAAACAGUGUAAGUGUGCAUCUCCAAAAUAAGGAGUUAGGGUCUGUGGAGGAGUGACUCCCACCCACACAAGGCCAGCAGAAUGCUUUGGAUCACCAGUGGCGGAGAUUGGGAUGUCAGCGCUCAGAAAAUGAGGCUGGGGAAUUAUUGUUCACAUUGUGAAGUCCCCUGGCACUUCUCAUUCGGGCUUUGAUCCUGGCAGUUUGCUGGGCCUUCUGGUAUGUUCUCACAUUUUGACCACCACCACACUGGCUCCGGCCCGGCCCAGACACAGCGGUGCCACCUGGUAAAUGCAAGAACCACAUCAUCAGCAUAUCAGAGCUGCACGCAACAUGCACUCCCUCAUUGUCAUUCUCAAUAGUGCUUAUCCGAAUUUUCAUGGGUAGGAAAGAACAAUCGAUAAUAUUUUCCAUGUACACAAAAGACCCAUUUCUCUCAAAUACGGUAAAUCAAAACAAACAAAUGUUAGUCUUGUCAAUUUUUGGGGGGAGUGUAUUCAAUUCAAUAUAUGUUGAACGUGAUUUGAACAUCAUUGUAUUCAGUUUUUAUUGGUGUUUAACACAACUUUCCAGCUUAUUUGGAAAUGGGUUUCAAUCUGGUUGCCUCGUUUCCCUCCUGAACUUGCCCACAUAUGAUCUGUCUAGGAUGCGCUGGGGGUGACAUUUUGCAGCAGAGGAAAGAAACAUUUAGCAUACGUUGGGACAGGCGUGUGCUUGUGUGUGUGUUUAUGUGUGUACCUGAGACCACUCAUUGGUCUGAGGGUCAUAAGCCUCCACGGUGUUGAGAUACAUUUGGCCAUCGUAGCCACCUACGGCGUACAGACGGUCGCCGAGGAGACAAACGCCCACUGCGUCUCUGCUGAUACUCAUGGGGGCCACUGCUGUCCACACAUCAGUCUGAGGGUCAUACCUGUUCACAGGCAGACACAUUUACAUUUAGGGCAUAACAAGUUAACCUCAUAAUAAUUACAACUGUUUUUGUUGAGUUAGGUUAGUCAACUGUUCUAAACUCAUUUUUGCCUGCGGAAUCCCCCCAAAAAUCUCAGUUUUUCUCUAUCGUGGCAAGUUUUUGAGCUGGCAAACCAGAUGAGGGCCAGUUGUGGAGUGAAGUAUUUGGGCCAGAAAUCAAUUUACAACUCCGGCCCGUAUAUGGCCAGCCAGUAUUGAGCCACCCUUAAAUGCAGUUUCAGAUUUAUUUUUUCAACACACAGCCUUGUUUUACAAUUGCACACCGAUGCGGACUUCCAUUCAUCACACACACACACAGGCACACAACAGGAAGUGAUCAGAGAAGGUGGCAGAGAAGGUGUUUUGACCAGAGAAGAAGGCAGCCUCAGUCCGUCACUGAGACAGACCCAUGACAGUAGACGCUAUGAAUAGCACUCUCACAUGUACACAUUUAAUAGCACUCUCCUUUGCUUGUAAGGUGUAGGCAGGGAUUACAUUUAGAUUUUAUAUGCACGUGUAAAUGGUUUAAAACUUCCUUUCUUUAUAAAUCUUGUUUAAUCAUAAAGUGCAUUACUAUAUUUUUCAAUACCAAUUACUUGUUCAAGUUUGUACAAUCAAUGGGAUCAGUUGCAAUGCAUAUAUGUGAAUGAUAAAAGUAAAUUGCACAUUUGUUGAAGGAAAUGUAAGGUGCUUCAUGAAAUGUUUUGUAAAAAAUACGUUCAUUAAAUUUCAACAUUUUCCAAA